AUGCAUCCAAAGUCAUGGAGAGAUGAAUUCAUUAGCUGGAACCCAGCUGACUUUUGUGGAAUAAAGAAACUGCUUGUUAACAAUGAUUAUUUCUGGAAGCCAGACCUUUAUAUCUUUGAAAUGAUGGAAAAUGAUGAAAAUUCUCCACAAAUUCCAUAUUAUAUACUGCAGAGCACUGGGAAAGUCAUUAAUGCAAUGCCACUACGCAUUGUCAGCACCUGCAAUUUGGACAUUUUCAAGUUCCCCUUUGAUAAUCAGACAUGCAGGCUCACCUUUGGAUCUUAUGUUUACGGAGUUUCAGAUAUGGUUAUGUGGCCAAAAAGCAACACGACGGUUGUCAACAAAAAUGCAUUUGAUGUGUUUGCCACUAAAAAUGACUGGACGCUGCAGGCGGUAACAGUGCACAACACAACCAUGAUGAGCGAAGGAGUGGAAUACAGCCUAGUCAUUUACAGUAUUGAGGUGAAAAGAGCAUCUAUUAUAUACGUUUUAAACCUCAUCAUACCUGUCUGUUUCCUGGUAUUCCUGGAUCUUUCAAGUAUGUUCAUCCGGAGUUACAGUGUUAGACUUGACUUCAAGAUCACCGUUGUUCUGGGCUUCUCAGUGCUGCUGCUCAUUCUGAAUGACAUGCUGCCCAAUUCUGAUAAAACUCCCAUGUUAGGUAUUUUCUGCUGCAUUAGUAUGGCCAUGAUGGUCCUCAGCAUAAUGGCAACAAUAGCUACUUCCUACAUGACAGAGCAAUCUACUACCAACCCACAUGUACCUGCAUGGAUCAAAAUACUUGUCUUGAAGCAUCUGGCACCUUUUAUGUUCUUUAGGAAGGUUUAUGCCAAAGAUGAACUGGUUAUACCAGUCAAAACAGGCAAUGAUCCUGAGAAUGCUAAAACAUCUGAAAAAAAUGAAGCGGUUACGGACAAAAAGAAGGCACUGGAGAAGGAUAUAAAUGUUAAGAAGGAGGUUAAGCUGUUGAAAAGAAUCUUAUUACAAAUCUUAAAGAUCCACCAUGAUGUGGCAAUUGAUAUGCAGCAGAAAGAUUUGCAGACAGAGUGGACAAUAGUAGCCCAGGUUGUAGACCGACUAGUCCUUAUUCUGUAUUUUAUCAUCAGAGACAGAACCAUCAGCAUCCAGUUCAAGAUUUCCCGUUACUUCUUAUGUGGUGAUAACAUUGUCAUUAAAAAGGAAGAAAGGGUUAAUAUCCCCAAUGAGACAUCCACCAACAAUAAGCAUAGAUGCUAA